GAAAAAACAGCAGCGGGAGAAGGAAGGUGAAGAAGAAAGGACACACGCGCAGACUGGGCUGCUCAGAAGAGACGCCAGGGGAGGGGAAAGAAAAGUUUACACCCUCUGAAGCUGCGCGGUCUCUCUCCCACCCACCUCUUCCAGCGGCGGCGGCGGCGGCGGCAGUGGCGCUGCAGGCGCAGACGGGAGUUUUACCUGGAAUGACAUAAGUUGGUUGAUUUCCGCCCUCUUUUUUUUAAACAACAAUUUUAAACAUCGGCUGGAUCCAACGCCCGAUCCUCUCUCCCCGACGCCUUCCAGCCGCGGCCGGCGAUGUGACAGCCAGGGACAGCCCUUCAGCCGGUCCUCCUUGCGGAGAGCUGUCACCCAGGAGGCUCGACCAAGUGGACUUCUGCGUUUCCAGCUGACCGCCCGAGGGAAGCUCGGAGGAUUGCUUUUUUAUCUUUUAGCCUCCGCCUCGGGAGUCCGCUGCAAGCUCCUUCCCGGGCUUGUCCGUUUCCUUCAGGAUUUAACCCCAGAUUUCCUCCGGAUCCACCUUCGUUGCUACUCUUUCCUAAUCGGCCGCUUUCUGGAGCGGACCCGGAGGGACUUGCUCCUCUGGCCAUUGCACGUCGAAACGGAGGUAUAAAAAUGAAGAUAUGGAGACCAAAGGCUAUCGCAGUUAUUCAGAAAGCCUAGAUAUGGAGAGACGCUGGAGUCAAGGUUCACAAUCUAUGGACUACACUCCUGCAGGAGCAGAAGAGCAGUCUGAAGAGAGUAAUAACUAUAUGGAGAUCGUAAAUGUGAGCUGUGUUUCUGGUGCUUUUCCAAAUGCCAGUUCUCAAGGAAGCAACAAAGAAAAACCUGAGAUAAUUUCUUGUCUUCAGCCAGAUCAUAGUCAGCCUGGUAUUUUAACCUCUGACAUAAAAACUGAGUUAGACUCCAAGGAACUUUCUGCAACGGUAGCUGAAUCAAUGGGUUUAUACAUGGAUUCUGUAAGAGAUGCUGAUUUUACCUAUGAUCAGCAAAGUCAACAAGGAAGCUUAACUUCUGGAAAGAUGUAUCAAAAUGUUGAGCAACUAGUAAAACUAUAUAAGGAGAAUGGCCAUCAUACCUCUCCCUUGAACACCCCAAGUAGGUCCUUGAGACCUCUAAUAUCAGACUGUUCAAGCUCUGUGAAUGGUGGUAUUGUGCCAUCUAUCAUCAAAAGUCCUAGAGUGUGUCAAGAGAAGAAUCCUUCUGAUUGUAGUCCUCAAAGCAUGACUCCCUCAGUAUGCAGCCCUCCUGGAAUUAGUUCUGUAUCCUCAACUACUCCUACUAACUUUGCAAAUUUCACCGUAAAUAGUCCAGUAAACCAGGGAACACCUUUGCCAUGCUCACCCAACAUUGAAAACCGAGGUUCAAUGUUGCACAGUCCUCCACAUACUAGCAAUGUGGGAUCUCCUCUUUCUAGUCCUAUAAGUAGCAUGAAAUCGCCUAUUUCAAGCCCUCCUAGUCACUGUAGUGUGAAAUCUCCAGUUUCAAGUCCUAAUAACAUUACAAUGAGAUCCUCAGUAUCCAGUCCUGCAAAUAUGAACUCAAGGUGCUCUAUUGCCAGCCCUUCCAAUGCCAACAAUAGAUCCACUCUUUCUAGUCCUGCAGUAAGCACUGUGGGAUCUUCAAUGUGUAGUCCUGUAAAUGGUGCAGUUACUUUUCCUGUAUCUAGUACAUCAGUUGGACCUGGUGCAGCUCAAGACAUGGUUCCUAGUCCAGAUUCAAAAGAGAAUAAAGGUGCUUCAGAAAUUCUAUUUCCUAAAAUAGAGGAAAUAGAAAAUGCCAUCCCUACCAGUGAAGUAGCUAAUCAGAUUAAUAUUGCUCAGUUUAUAAAACCUGAACCAGAAGGGAUAUUUAGUAGCUCAUGUCUUGGAGAAAAUAACAAAAUCAAUUCCGAUUCUCCAUUUUCAGUAUCGAUAAAGCAAGAAUCGGCUAAACAUUCUUGUUCUGGUGCUUCUUUUAAAGGGAAUCACACUGCAAAUCCCUUUCCAUUUAUGGAUGGAUCAUAUUUUUCUUUCAUGGAUGAUAAAGACUACUAUUCUCUUUCUGGGAUUUUAGGACCACCUGUUUCAUCAUUUGAUGGCACAUGUGAAGCUAGUGGGUUUCCAAAUUCAGGUCUAUCCAUAGGAAUUAAACAGGAGCCUGAGGAGAACAACUACUAUCAAGAAAGUACUCUACCAUCUUCUGCCAUUGUUGGGGUGAAUUCAGGUGGACAAUCAUUUCACUAUAGGAUUGGCGCUCAAGGCAGAAUAGCUUUAUCACGGCCUGUUGGUAGAGAGCAGUCUUUUCAGCAUAUGAGCUCAUUUCCUCUAGUGGAGUCAUGGAAGUCACAUUCUGAAUUGUCUGGAAGAAGAAAUGAUGGGUAUCCAGUUCUAGAAUACAUUCCAGAAAAUGUGUCAAG